GUGAGCCACCCUGCCCAGCCUGCUUUAGCCUUUACUUUCCUCUGCACAGAGCCUCAAGGUCGGUCAGAGGUGAGAGCUUAGGGUUUUUUCAGGCCUCUCCUGAGUAUACCCACAUCCCUACUUAUGUAUGUGACCUAUAGUUUCAGAAAUAUAUCCGGUUUCAAAGUCCCUGUGGACAUGUCAUUCCCUUGCUGUUCCUUUUAAGCUUUUUGUUUAGUCUAUUGUUUGCCAGGACUGUUAUACCAUCACCUCAGGCAGCUGUGAAGUUAUGACACUUGCCUGUAAUUGCCUUUCACAAACAGCCUCAGGAAAAGGAUGUUGGCACUGGGCAAGCUCUGAGUGGGUCUUGUACUCGAGGUCUUCCAGGGAGACAUCAUACAAGUUAAAAAACGUCAGUUCUUUGUAAAUGAGGACAUUCUGCUACCUUCAGUACCAGGAACGUAGGAUGUUAUUUUCAAGAUUACACUGACCUGGGAAGCAGGGUUGGACCAGGGAAAGUUAAAACACCACAAAUUUCGCUGUUCUUACUGAUAUCAUCCGUUUUCUUAGAUACUCCCUGGGAUGCUGAGAGCCUUUGAUUAAUUUCUGUAGUUCGGGGAAAGUUGAUUCUGACAAUUUUGGCUGGUUAUUUCUUGCUUUUAUUGGGCAGAGGGGCGGAAAAUUUUCAGAGGUCCUUUUUGGCUGAUGACUGGCAGUAGUUUCUUCAGGGACUUUGGCUGUCCUGCUCAUGGCUCCUGCACCUGUUUCCGGAUAUAAUUUGUGCCUAAUAAAUCCUUGUCUAAUGAAUGACGGAGAGCACAGGGCCAGGCCCAGCAGAGCGGGCAGGACAAGUGGGCGCUGCAGCCCCGAGGCUCCCCGCCUGCCCGCACUGCCCGCCCUUGCCCGGAGCCAGCCCUGCCUGUAGCCGGCGGUACCGCCGCAAGAGCCCCGGGAGCGCCCGGGAGAGCCGCCCUUCGCGGCCCGGGGCCUGUCCACCGCCAUAGACACAGCCAAACUGGCAUGCCCGGAGGGAAACCCGUUGUCACGGCAACAGCGACGCGACGGGGCCCGCCCAACUGUCAGUUUCCAUGAUAACCAAAAGAGCGCAGCGAGGCGGUACCCGGAGCCUGACGGACGGGUCCCGGCAGGCCCGGUCUACCCCGCGCCUUCCGGCUCUCGCGAGUUUUGGGUUCGAGUGGAGCCCCAGGGGCUGACGGGAGCGGCGGCGCGCAAAAGAGGGGCAAGAUGGCGGCGGCAGCGGCUUCGCUUCGCUGGGCGGUGCUGGGCCCGCGGGGCUCGGGACUCCCGGGCGCACGUGCCCCGGGUCUACUGUGCGGCGCGAGGCCCGGGCAGCUCCCGCUGCGGACUCCUCAGGCAGUAUCCUUGUCGUCGAAGUCUGGCCUUUCCCGCGGCCGGAAGGUGAUGCUGUCAGCGCUGGGCAUGCUGGCGGCAGGGGGUGCAGGGUUGGCCAUGGCUCUGCAUUCUGCUGUGAGUGCCAGUGACCUGGAGCUGCACCCCCCCAGCUUUCCGUGGUCUCACCGUGGCCUCCUUUCUUCCUUGGACCACACCAGCAUCCGGAGGGGUUUCCAGGUAUAUAAGCAGGUGUGCUCCUCCUGCCACAGCAUGGACUACGUUGCGUACCGCCACCUGGUGGGCGUGUGCUACACAGAGGAUGAAGCUAAGGCGCUGGCUGAAGAGGUGGAGGUUCAAGAUGGUCCCAAUGAGGAUGGGGAGAUGUUCAUGCGUCCAGGGAAGCUGUCCGACUACUUCCCCAAACCAUACCCCAACCCUGAGGCUGCUCGAGCUGCUAACAAUGGAGCGUUGCCCCCUGAUCUCAGCUACAUCGUGCGAGCUAGGCACGGUGGUGAGGACUACGUCUUCUCCCUGCUCACUGGCUACUGUGAGCCACCCACUGGGGUGUCACUGCGAGAAGGCCUCUACUUCAACCCCUACUUCCCUGGCCAGGCCAUCGGCAUGGCCCCUCCCAUCUACACUGAUGUCUUGGAGUUUGAUGAUGGCACCCCAGCUACCAUGUCCCAGGUAGCCAAGGACGUGUGCACCUUCCUUCGCUGGGCAUCUGAGCCAGAACAUGACCAUCGCAAACGCAUGGGGCUUAAGAUGUUGAUGAUGAUGGGCUUGCUGCUACCCCUGGUCUACGCCAUGAAGCGGCAUAAAUGGUCAGUCUUGAAGAGUCGGAAGCUGGCAUAUCGGCCACCCAAGUGACCCUGUCCAAUGUCUGCCUGUCAUCCUGCCUGAACAGGCCCUCCAGCCCAGGAGCCAUCCCGGGCCUGUUUAGGCCUCAGCUGGCCACUCAGCUAAGACCCUCUUCAUCUGGGACAAGAGAGAAGGGGGUGGGAGGCCAGGCUCUAGCUCCGGAGCCUCCUUCAGUCCCUAUCAUGGGAAUAAAUUAAGUUUCUCAACAUA